AUGCAAGACCAUCCAUGGGAGGGACGGGAGGUGGACUGGGGACCAUGCAGCAGGGAGCUGGUGACCUGCCAGGACCUAUCCAAGGGCUUAACAAGUAGCAGACACUCUAUAAUGAUGCUCAGAGGAAAUGUGGAAAAGUCCUCACGCAGGAGGAGGAUUCAAGGAAUGCCAAGUAUAUUAUUUUUAAAUGUGUUCUUCCAACUUUUUAAAGUCUGCUGCUUAACAAUUAGUUUGCAUGUUGUUAUUUUAAUUCCCUGGGAAUGUCAUCUCAUUUGGAAGAUUCUAGGUUACACCAACACUGUCAUGGAAUCAAUGGAGAGGUACAACACAUCCUCCAUGGACUUCACCUUCAUGGGGCUGUUCAACAGAAAGGAAAUCUCAGGUCUUCUUUUUGCCAUAAUCUCUAUCAUCUUCUUCACCUCAUUGAUGGCUAAUGGGGUCAUGAUCUUCCUGAUCCACACAGAUUUACGCCUCCACACUCCAAUGUACUUCCUCCUCAGCCACCUCUCCUUCAUUGACAUGAUGUACAUCUCCACCAUUGUGCCCAAGAUGCUGGUCGAUUACCUACUGGGUCAAAGAACCAUUUCCUUUGUGGGGUGCACAGCUCAGCACUUCCUCUACCUCACUCUUGUGGGAGCUGAAUUCUUCCUACUGGGCCUCAUGGCCUAUGACCGCUAUGUGGCCAUCUGCAACCCUCUGAGAUACCCUGUCCUCAUGAGCCGCCGGGUCUGUUGGAUGAUCAUCGCAGGUUCCUGGUUUGGGGGAUCUUUGGAUGGCUUCCUCCUAACCCCCAUCACCAUGAGCUUUCCCUUCUGCAAUUCCCGGGAGAUUAACCAUUUCUUCUGUGAGGCACCCGCCGUCCUGAAGCUGGCAUGUGCAGACACAGCGCUCUAUGAGACAGUGAUGUAUGUGUGCUGUGUUUUGAUGCUGCUGAUUCCUUUCUCUGUGGUGAUUGCUUCCUAUGCUCGAAUACUGACCACAGUCCACCACAUGAGUUCGGCGGAGGGGAGAAAGAAGGCAUUUGCCACCUGUUCUUCUCAUAUGACCGUGGUAACCUUGUUCUAUGGGGCCGCCAUGUACACCUACAUGCUGCCACAUUCUUAUCACACACCAGCCCAGGACAAAGUCCUCUCUGUGUUUUACACCAUCCUCACACCCAUGCUGAAUCCUCUCAUCUACAGCUUGAGGAACAAGGAUGUGACUGGAGCUCUGAAGAGGGCACUGGGCAGGUUCAAGUGUUCUCAAAGAGUGUCAGGAGACAUCUUUUGA